CGAAACGGCUGCUCUAACGGAAAUCCUCUGGUGUUCGUAAAACGAAAAGCGCUUCCACGCCUAUAAACUUAUUUGAUAACGCGAACUUAAAGGCACUGAAAAACAGUUAACAAAUCGUGUAAAAAAAAAUAUUUCAGUGAGAUAAUAAAAUUAAAAAAAAAAAUCAAUUAAAACGAAGGAAAUCAUCAAACAGUUAGCGAAAUAAAAGCGCAAACGCGGACUCGUCCGACACACAUACACUCGAACUACGAGCUCACGCUCAAACUGAUAAUCAGCGACUAACAAAACAGACAACACCAAACGGACAGACAGACAGUUAGCCAGUUGCGCUGCGCCGCACUCCUGCGCCUGCCCCUACGCCAUUCGCUACGCCAGCGAACAGGCUCUGCCGUGUCGAUGGACAGUUGUUAGGUGCGUUUGUACAUCAAAAAACAACACAACAAAAGUGAAAUUUUUACUCAAUGAAUUGUCAACUAAGUAAAAACAACAACAAUAAUAACAACAACUACAACAACAAAGCGUCCACUUAAACAGCGGCAAUAAUUUCACGCAUUUGAGUGCAUCAAAUACAUAUAAAUAAUAACCACCUUAGCGCAUAUAUAAACAAAUAAGCCAGUUACAACAAAAACAGCAAAACAAAAACACAAAUUAAAUAAAUAAAUUUCUUAAACUGAUAGCGAGCCAAAAGGAUCCACCAAUCCAACGCUAAGCGCAUGCGCGUGCAUCUGUGUGUCUGUGCCUAAGUAAGUGCUUGCUCGCUUAAUUGAGUGUGAAAAUACAUGCAUAAAGCAAAAAACAACAACAACAACAACGACAGCAACAAGUGCGAAAAAAGUGCAAAGUAAAUAAAGAAAUUUGUUGUGUUGUGGAAAAAAAUUUUUGUAUUUACGAAGUGUAAAAGUGCGAAAUUGCUUUGUAAAACAGGACAAUAAAAGAGCCGAUAAGCGAAGCGUAGAUUGUUUGGAUAUUUAAAUAGUUUAUGAUCCCCUGACAGCAAUGAUUACCGAUCGCAACAAAUUCAAUUUUGUUACGAUAUGCAUUGGCAUAAGCUUCCUGCUCACCAGCGCAAGCGUGGCGUCCGCGCAGGCAAUGAGCAAUGCGCAGCAGGAGACAAAUCAACAGCAGCAGCUAGUGCCUGAAGAAAACCAGGCGGCUAUCGCAUCGAUAUCAGUGGUGGAAAACAACAGCAACAGCAAAGAUGAAAAGACUAAUGUGAUUUUAAAUGAGCCAAUCAACGGUGUAGCGCACGCAUUCAGCCCGCGCUUGGAUUACAGCAACGAAUGGCGACCUGUGGGCCGUGGUGAUCCACUGAAGAAUGAUCCAACAUUCGAUUACAGCCCACCAACGCUGGACCAUGUGCGCUACUGGGCGGAGACCAAAAAGGAGGAAGGUGCCAACAGUAACAGCAAAGAGGAGAGCGAAAGCGGCAAGCAGGAUGUGAAUAGCGUCCGUUUUGCCCAUCCCGUCCAACAGGACAUACUCAAACUCGACAUGCCGAAUGAGCAUAUACGUGGCAGCAACAGUGUCAUCCAUGCGUCACCGCAUGCAGCACAACAACAUGCACAUAUGAAUCAACAUGUUGCUAUGCCACACCAGCACUUCCAACAAGUGCAUCAUCCGGGAGCCGUUAAAAAUGCAAAAGGUGAAAUACCGUUAGUACAACCGAAAUACACCUCAGUGCGCCGCAGCUAUUAUGCACAGCAAUUACCGACACGUCUAAUGCCGCCACCAAUGCAGCCGAACUCACCGCCAAUCAAUACAUUCAAUGUACCCAUGAAACCAUCGCAAGCGCAUACUGAGUAUCGGCAUAGCAUGUCUGUGCCACCACCACAUGCUUCCACCAUGUCCAGCAUGGGUCCAUCCACCUCAUCGUUGUCCCCGCAUACAAUGCAGCACAUGAAGAUGCAGCACCAUCCGAGCAUGUCUACAACGGCUUCGUCCUCGUCGUGGAUGUAUCAUGCCCCACCAACCAUGCAACACCAUCAGCAGCAGCCCCAACAUCAUCAUUAUGCUAUGUCCAGCGGUUCGGGAGCUUCCAUGCCAACGUCUUCGCAUAUGCCAAUGUCACACGUUUACGACUCACAUCCGCAAGACUCCCAUCACUACUUCAGCUACGCGCGUCCCAGCUCGAAUAGCAUAACGUCGCAUCCACCACAAGAGUCCUACAUGACCAAUUCUUUACGCCACAGCCCGAACAGCCUAAAGCAAAGCGGUACAGGACGCAAGCCAUGGUUGCAUGAGCUCUUACAGAAGGAGGUCGUAAAGACAUCAGCCAAGCCUAGCUAUUCGACGUCCGCCAACAAAUAUGCCUAUGAGACCACAAAGCCCAUCUAUGAGCGCAUGCCGUCCACCAACGCCAUAAACGGUGGUUUCACACCAAUCACACCGGUCACAUAUGUCUCAGCACCACCAACUGUAGCUACCACGACGACCACAACAACAACUACAACGCGAGCACCACCGACACCAUCACCAAUUGCUGUCACACCCAGUGUCUUCUAUCCAACUAUCAGCUCCACUGUAGCCGCUUAUAUCCCUAGCACCACGACGCAUAUCAUUUACACUACGCCAACAACAACGACGACACCACGCUCAACAACGUCGACGACUUCGUCUCGUCUCCUGAUACCAACCACCAGCAAUUUGGCAUCCCGUCCAACAGUGGCACCAAUGCAAAUGACUACGGACUCACUGUUCUCGCACUAUAAACAACCCGAAGCGCCACUCAGAGGACCAAUGUAUCUAAUUAUUGAAGGUCAUUCGAAGGUGAAGAAGUACGGCAAAAAUGGUAUCAACUUGAAUCUGCCGAAAAUAGUGCCGGUCAUACCGAAACGUGAGCCCGUCGUGCGUGUAGCGGAACCAGGUGAGGAGAAACGUGGUACGCCCGAAACUUUCCAUGUAGAACAUCUGCAUGUGAAGACCUCGACUACGACGACGACGACUACAACAACGGCAAAACCAACAACCACAGCAAAACCGGCAACGACACCAAAACCUGUGACGACAGCGAAGUCUAUGGUGAGCACAACAGCCAAACCUACGAAGGCUGCAGCAACAACGAAAGCCACACCAACUACAGCAAAGCCUGUGGUGACCACGAAAUCAACCGCUACAACUACGACGAAACCAGUGACGUCAACAACGACAACCGCACGACCCACAGCAACUACAGUAUCUUCUAAAGUCAUCAGCACAACAGCUGCAGCAAUUACAACAAAAGCGACUCCGAAAAGUACUGUUAAACCAACACCACAUCCAGCUGUUGCAAAGCCUACACAAAGCCAGCCGGUGCUAAAGCUCGAGCUGCCUAAUGAGCCGCCAACUGGCAUGUCGGGACUACUCAGCCUACUUGACUCCUCGCUAGGCGGACUCUUCGCCGAGCAACCAUUAGAUUCGGUAGAAAUGCCCGCGUCACCUGCUAAAGAAAAACACACGGCAACAACCACGAAGUUGAGCGCAAUGAGCUCACCCAGCACUGUCUUACAGGCACUCAAUAGCGCCGCAUCAGCCACACAGUCUGCCAUAGUACCUGUCGCACCAGAUGCACGCAUUGGCACUAACGCCGGCCGUAUUGCUGCCGCUGCCGACACCUUCGCUUCGGGGUCAGCCGAGUUCAGCUACACCACAGAUGUACCGCCGCGUGAGGUGCGCCAAGUAUUUGAUUAUGAUCAGCGCCCGGAAUCACGUCUUAAGGAUUUUGUAAUUGAGAGUUUCGACGGCGACAUACCGGAUGAUGAGGGAGCGUCUUCAGCUUUCUACGAUGACGAUGAAUUCGAGGAGUAUGAAGAUGAGGGCGCGAAUGGUGGACAGCCAAUUAAACGCAUGGAUCGUUUUGUCGAUGGCGAAGAGGGUGAGUUUGUGGGCGAUUACGAGGAUGUCGACUUGGAGGCGUUGGGUAUGAGUGAUGUGGCGCCAACUGCGCAAUCGACAAUACUUGUGCGCACACAAGCGAAAAUGGCGUAGACGUGCGCCGACGGACGCCAAGGGCGCUUACAGCUAAUGCGAAAAAUGCUGAACUCUUAACCUUUCUUCGAUGAGACCAAGACUAAUCGCUUUGCAUUUGCGUAUCUCGUAGCGGACGCCGAUGCCGCUGCUCAGCUCAGCAUUUCAGUCAAAACAAUUUUAAUUUUAAUAUCUGCUCGUAUGUAAUAUGCAAUUUUCAGCUACACUCUACGUACUGCUCUACACCAAAUCUAUUUUUUAAAACUUUGUAUUUUAGUGAACACACAACUUUUCGCGAAGUGUCUGCUCUUUGAUUUUUCCCCCGAGUAAAUUUUAGCGUUAUGUGCAUAACACAGCUUUAUUUAUGUAUUGUAUUGAUUGUACUGUAUUUAUUUAUUUAUUUGUGGCAAAGAUUUACUCACUUACUACGCUUAAGUUUCGUCGCGAUUAUUUUGUGACUCAAUAUUUAUUUAAUUAAAUGUCUUUUUAGAUUAUAAGCUUAUUUAAUUUGUAUUCUUUGCUGU